GCCCGGGCAGCCGCUCAGGAAGAGGAAAAUGGCAUAAACAACCCCAGGCGCCGGGACCUCCGAGCAACGCCGCCGCCCCCCGCCGCGGGGCCGCCCCAGCGGAGCGGAGUCACCUCCCCUCUUUUCUCCCUCCCCCUCCCGCAGCCGGAGCCCCGGGGUGACGGCGGUCCCCGCGCCCCUUCCUCCUCCUCCCCGCCCCGUCCCUCCCUCCCUCCUUCCCCAUGGUGCCGACCCCGGUGGCGGGGCGGCUGCCAUGAACCCCAGCGGCCUGCCCUGCUCCUCGCCGUCGCCGGUGCUGGGGCCGCCGGCGGCGGGGGUCGGCGCGGCGGGGCUGGCGGGCGGCGGCGGGGCGGGGGCCGGAGGAGGCGGAGGCGGCGGCGGGGCCGUGAAGCUGAAGUUCUGCCGUUACUACGCCAAGGACAAGACCUGCUUCUACGGCGAGGAGUGCCAGUUCCUGCAUGAGGAGCCCGGCGCCGCCCCCGCCGGCCCGGGGCCCGCCGCUCCCCUCGGCGCGCUGCCCCUCGGCCUCCCCCCGGCCGCCGCCGCCGCCGCCGGGCCCGGAUACCCGGUGCCUCACGGGGCCAGCCCGGGCCCGGCGGCGGCGGUGGUGGGGCCGAAGAAAGCCGAGCUGGGGGCGGGAGGCGGCGGCGGAGGAGGCGGCGGCGGCGGCGCGGGGCUGGAUGGCCCGCGGCUGGCGAGUAUCACUGUAGGAGUGGGCCUGCAGGAAGGAUUUGAAUGCACAGAAAAUAGUGACCUGGGGGACCAGCUCAGAAAGAGUUCCCUGUGUAAGGAACCACCUAGAAGCAAAUUUAGACUGCUGCGGGAAAAGUGGACAAAUGUUCCUGGAAUGGAUGGCGGUGGGUUAGCUGAUGCUAGUCUCACAGAUUCUUACUUUAGCACCAGCUUCAUUGGCGUUAAUGGAUUUGGAAGUCCUGCUGAAUCCAAGUAUCCCAUGAUGCAGAGGAUGACAAAUAGCAGCAGCUCUCCUAGCCUUCUCAAUGACAGUGCCAAGCAAUAUGCAGGCCAUGAUCCACUAACUUCACCAAAUUCAUCCUUGUUUAAUGACUUUGCUGCCCUCAGUGUGUCUCAAAGGAGAAAGCUGGCAAAACCAGCAUUUCCUUCGUUUAUCACUGACUUGGAGGACAGAUAUAAUACCGUCCUGCCCAGGAAGUAUCGACUGGGGAUGCUGGAUGAGAGGAUAGUUCCGGUGGGAUCAAAAGCAAGAAAAUCAAAGAACCCUAUUGGCUGUCUGACUGACAGGUGUAAAACAGGAGUACCCAUCAAUAUGGUUUGGUGGAACAGAGUCACAGAAAACAAUUUACAGACACCAAACCCCACUGCAAAUGAAUUUAUUCCUAAAGGAGGAUCAACCUCCAGGCUGAGUAACGUAUCCCAGUCAAGUAUGUCUGCCUUCUCUCAAGCCUUGUUCUCUCAUCCCUCCAUGGGAAGUCCUGCUGCUGCUGGGCUAGCACCAGGAAUGUCACUAUCAGCGGGAUCUUCUCCUCUUCAUUCCCCCAAAAUAACUCCUCAUACAUCUCCUGCUCCUCGACGAAGAAGUCAUACUCCUAACCCAGCAAACUAUAUGGUGCCUACUAGUGCCUCUGCUUCUGUUGCUAACGCUGUCUCUCAGCCUCCAUCUACUGGCCAGGUGAUCCAGAAGGAAACAGUGGGUGGAACAACGUACUUCUAUACUGAUACAACUCCAGCACCUCUCACAGGAAUGGUAUUUCCAAACUACCACAUUUACCAUCCAGCUGCACCUCAUGUUGCUUAUAUGCAGCCAAAAGCAAAUGCACCUUCCUUCUUCAUGGCAGAUGAGCUCAGACAGGAACUGAUCAAUAGACACCUAAUAACGAUGGCCCAGGUAGAUCAGGCUGAUAUUCCUGAUUUAGCAGUUCCAGCAGAAGUGGACAGCUACCACAGUCUCUUUCCUUUAGAACCAUUGCCACCACCCAAUCGCAUACAGAAAACAAGCAACUUUGGAUACAUUACGUCAUGCUAUAAAGCUGUAAAUAGUAAAGAUGACCUGCCAUAUUGCCUUCGAAGGAUACAUGGUUUUCGUCUUGUUAACACGAAGUGCAUGGUAUUGGUUGACAUGUGGAAAAAAAUUCAGCACUCAAAUAUAGUAACCUUACGUGAAGUGUUUACCACUAAAGCAUUUGGAGAACAUUCUCUUGUUUUUGCAUAUGAUUUUCAUGCUGGAGGAGAGACUAUGAUGAGCAGACACUUCAAUGACCCUAGUGCUGAUGCCUAUUUCACAAAAAGAAAAUGGGGUCAGCAUGAUGGACCUCUACCACGACAGCAUGCGGGUUUGCUUCCAGAGUCAUUGAUAUGGGCAUAUAUCGUACAGCUCAGCUCUGCCUUACGGACCAUUCAUACAGCAGGACUAGCAUGCAGAGUUAUGGAUCCAACAAAGAUUCUAGUAACUGGCAAGACAAGGUUACGAGUAAAUUGUGUUGGAAUCUUUGACGUUUUAACAUUUGACAACAGUCAAAAUAAUCCACUGGCGCUAAUGGCUCAGUUUCAGCAAACAGAUCUGAUCUCCCUGGGGAAAGUUGUGUUGGCUUUGGCUUGCAAUUCUUUAUCAGGAAUUCAGAGAGAGAAUUUGCAGAAAGCAAUGGAACUGGUGACAAUCAACUAUUCCUCUGAUCUGAAGAAUCUGAUCUUGUAUUUGCUGACUGACCAAAACAGGCUUCGCAGUGUAAAUGAUAUCAUGCCUAUGAUUGGUGCGCGAUUCUAUACUCAAUUGGAUGCUGCUCAAAUGAGAAAUGAUGUUAUUGAGGAAGACCUUGCAAAGGAGGUGCAAAAUGGAAGGUUGUUUAGGCUUCUAGCAAAAUUGGGAACAAUCAAUGAGAGGCCAGAGUUUCAGAAAGACCCAACGUGGUCAGAAACUGGAGACAGGUAUUUACUAAAGCUCUUUCGAGAUCACCUUUUCCAUCAGGUGACAGAAGCGGGUACUCCUUGGAUUGACCUCAGUCACAUUAUCUCAUGUCUUAACAAGAGGCUCUUCUCUUCUGUGGUUGUGGGCUCAACAAACAAAAAAUGUAAGGCUUUGUGGAACUUUGCUUCAGAAACACACUCUACAAAGCAUUUCUGAAAUCACAGUGUUCAUUGGUAGAAGUGGUUAUUUGGGCUUUCCUGCUAUGCUCCAAAAGCAUGCUUUUUGAAUGAAACUCACUCCAGUGUUUCAAAAGAUCUCUUUUUUUUUCAGUACGGUGGUUUUGAGAUCUUUUUUGCUAUAGAUGCUGAUUUAGGGAUCCAAAGGAAAACAAAAAGAAUGUCAUAAAUGUUCCUAGUCGGCUUGUGGCUUUCUUAAUACAGAUCUUCCAUAUGCUAAACUUACUAAGAUAUUUUGCCAAUUUUGUGAGAGUGAGAACAGUAGACAGUCUCUCGCACAGCCUGAACACGAUAACAGUUUGUAAUGGGUGUUGGAAGGGAAUUGUAGUUUUAUCCUACUCUACAAGAAUUAAAAGCUAAUUGGCUUUCUUUUGUCCUUCUAAGCUAUUCACAAAGCAGAAGCUUUACAUUUGGGAGGUUACAGCUCUUAAGGUUAUGAUCAGAAUGUUAUUUUUAGAAGAUAAAUGCAAGCACUUUCUAAUUUGCUGUGUUGCUUCAGACAGCAGCCAGCGUUUCAGUGCCAAAUGUAAUUGUCUUUUUGCCAGUCACUACAGCAUUACAUUUAUUUAAUCCUACUGGGGCUGUAUUUUCAAAGAUCAUCUCAGUGAUGUCAUACCCUACUUGCCUCUGCCUCACCUUCCAUAUGGGAGCUGGAAAUUUUUUAGUAUCAGAUUUUGGAAAUAUCAGCAUAUGAAGCCACAAAGCUUUUCAUUACAAGAGUCAGUUCUCCAUUGCUGGAGGUGUCUUGCAAAGUGAGAUCAUAAGAAAGUGUCAGAAGGGGCUGUCAGCACAUGAACUAUGAUGUUUCCCUGCUCUGAAUUAAGAUUUUGUGAUAUAUCUCUAAUGUAAGUAGUGUAGCACACAUGCAUCCCAAAUUGCUACUUCUCUGCUCUGUUCCUGAAACUUGCUAGUGAAAGGAAUCCAGCAGCCUCCUUAAAGGAGAUCGUGCCAUUUGUGGAGCUUCGUGUGUUCUAAAUAGAUUUCAUUACAAAAGUGUUUCUGCAUCUAUUACAGGCAAUUGUCAUCAAAUAUUGGUGACAGGAGUUGCAUGGAGGUUGCUUGGAAGAUCAUGCAACUCAAUUCUGCUAUUACUUUAAUAUUGUAUUUGAGAAGUCAGAACAAAACAUGAAAACAAAUGUGGAACAAAUUUUAAUCUUUAAGCCUGAAUUAUCCUUUCAUUUAUGGACUGUAAGUAGGUAAUGUUUUUCUUAGAAUAAGGGAAGAAGUGUACUCUACAGAAGGCUUGAACUAGUUUGUGUCCACUAUGGAAAAAACAUGAGAUUGGGGUUUCUACCGUUAUUCAGAGUUCUUGGGGUUGGUCCAUCCAUUUAUUCAUUUCUAGAAUGGGCAAGAGGUAAUUUACCUACUCUGCUAGGAAGCAUGUGGAUCUUGCGUGCAAAUAUAGUGGAUGAUGUGCAAAUGUUAUGUCAAACGUUCUGUUCACCAGGAGCUAUCUGAAAAUUAUACUGGGUAUUCUGUACAGGGGGAAGUAGUGUUGCAGGAUUACUUGCUUUAUGGACAGGGAAGAAAACAACGGUAACCUAGUCCACAGGUGUGGGAUGUCCAUCAUGUUAAGACCAAAAUGUCUUGAUUUCUUGGCAAGUACGUUGUUCUCGUGGAGCUCAGAUGUGUUAACAAAGGAAGGAAGGAUCUGAGUUGCACCAAAAUAAUGUACUUGCAAAGAAAUCGAUUGCUUUUGUUAUUGGGGAAAUGUUUUGCCAUUUAUUUCACGCUUCUUUUAUUUUAUCUUUUGCAUUCUUGUUACAGUUAGAUGCUGGUGUGCCAGAAAAAAUAAGCCUCAUUUCCAGAGAUGAGAAGAGUGUACUUGUGGUAACUUACAGCGAUUUAAAACGCUGCUUUGAAAAUACUUUUCAAGAACUGAUUGCAGCCGCAAAUGGUCAGUUGUAGUAUUUGCUGAAAGCAUGCAGGACAUUGCUGAGGAACUUAACCAAUAGCAAAUUGCACUACAGCUGAAUUGUUGUUGUCAUCUCAUUUCACAUUUGGGAAACAAACAGGAGAUGAGCAAAGCUGCUUGCACUUCAGUCAGGUACACUGUUACUUGAAGGGAAGAAUGUUUUCACUUAUCCUAGAGCUAAGGCUGCCAUUGGAGGCUUUAUCUGUGAAGAAUUUAUUUUAGAUUAAGGAACACAUCAGGUGCAUGAUGUUCCUGCUUUUAUUUUUUCCACUUGUAUAUGCACUAAUUUUAAUUUUUUUAAGACUUUUCUGAUCUCUGAAGUUUUGCCACAUUGUAUACUUAAGGGAAACUCUUUGCAAGGACGUUUCUGGGAUACAUUUUUUGUCACUGAGGAUAAAGCAAAAUUUAUUCAUUUUUGAUAUUAUUUGCACCCAGAAUAGCAUAAAGGACCAGGUAAAUAAUUUAAUAGAAAUUGUGUUCUAUUAAUUACCAUUUAGUUCGUAACCUCUGUAAAAGUGUGUUGUAUGCAAGCUCUGUAUGCCACCCACUGUUAGCUCGGAAAAAAAGAAGACGAGACUUUAAAAUCGAUCAGCUUGAAGUAUCACUGAAUUGACCAAAAGCAAAAAAGGAAAGAAGGUUCCCUAUUAUUUGAAUUAAACUUUGUCUAAGCGAAGUGACGAAAAUAGCAUCAUGGGAAACAUCUAUAAUUUAAGGAGCAUAUCAGAUUUGCUCUAAACACAACCAUCGCCUUUUAAAAAAUGUUUGUAUGUUUUCCUGCUAGUCAGAAGCAUUUACAUUUAUGCAAUUUUUUAAUAGAUUUUUUUUUUAAAGAAAUUGUGUUAAAAUGCCUGAAGUUUCAGGAGUGUAUUACUUUAGGUUAUUUACAGUAUAAUUUUUUGUAUAAAGUUCUGUUCUUUGAACCACAGCUUUAUUAUGGUACGCUACACUGGAUACAGAUACAAAGACACUGUUAAAAGAAGAUUAACUAAACACAGCAGUUGUCUGGCAUCAAGAGCUUUUCAAGUUUUACGGCCUGAAUCUGGAGGGAUAAUGAUCUGCUGUGCCUUUGCAGUCACUGCUUAGCCCAAAGUAAUAUUACUUUUGAUAAUACUCAAUACAUGAAUAUUCCUGAAGUAAUUCAGUCUCAAAAGUCUGGAAUUUUCCUCCUCAAUUACCUUUCUAACAUUUGGACGUGCAGUUGUCUCCAAACUUGGGUAUUCGUGGGAUUUCUAGUUAAACACCUACACUUUGAUACUGAAGACUGCCAAAUACGUAGGAAUUUUCUUUCUUAAAGCAGUAGUGAAGACUGUAUCUAUCCUUUCCCAGCACUGAAUGUUUUAAUAGCACUGGGUGCUCACCAUGGAGAAAAUGUGGAAACUCAAAAGGUCAGGACAGACUCUAAGCACUUGCAACUGAUGUUACUGGCAUCGAUUUUAAUAAUUCUCAAUAUUUGUAGUUUUCAGAGAAGUUUUUAAUAUUUCUCUGUCCACUUUUAUAAGCUUUAAAAUGAUUCUCCGCCUUGAGACUUGCAUCAAGGAAAGCAACUCUCGUCACAUCGAAAGCUUUGAAGACUAGGGACGUGCUUUACACGUUUUAGAAAAUGUGGUUGAAUCCACAUAAGGUAGCAUCAGUUGUUGAGUUUAAAGAUCGAUUAUUGUUGCAUUUGAUCAAAUGAAUUUUAAAAGGAACAUAAUGUUUAAUAUUCAAACGAUAACAGUUGCCAGAAUGUUCUUUUUAAUGUAAAAGGAACAGGAACUUUGAAAAGUGAACGUGGAAAACAGUCUUUUAUCAUUAGCUCAUGUAUUUGAGGAAGAGCAGCUGUCUUUUAUAUGUUUUUUGACAAAUCAUAUUGUAAUUCUUUUGUACAAAAAAGAAGUACUUGUAUUCUAGAAGAAAUAUGAAAUGCUUAAUUUAUAAGCGGGCUGAGGUUUUUUCCAGUAUUGUUUUCUUUGAAAAUGAAAGGGGAUCAUCUGUUCAGUUGUGGGGUUUGGGAACCUUUGAAAAUUUAAUUUGUGGACCAAUAUUUUGUGGAAGUGUAAGGCAGGGGUAAAAUAGGGCUUCAAUUCUCAUCCUUUUUAGACCAGCAAACCACCCUCUGCAAGACAUGUCUAAAUUGCAAACCUGUGUGUAUUUGCAUAAUGUCAGUUUGCUUCAGCCCCUAUUAACCUCAGGACUUGGUUUAAAAACAAAAAGGUAGACAGCUAAUAAGUUUUCAUACAUAAAUAAUGUCAGCCAGAAAAUAUUUGGUGUCAGGUAAUACAUCAAAUGAUAAUAAUAAUAAAAAAAAAGUUGAGCUUUUUUUUUUUUCCUAUUUAUUUCAUUUGGUUUGUAUUUGGGAAUGAUUUAAACAGUCUGAAGUUCAGCUUGGGUGUUUUUUGGGGGAGAGCCCUUCUACCCCAUUUUAAUUCCAUUUAGAAGGUUGUCCUAAAGUUGUAGUUUGGUCCAUUCAUAGGAAGAAAUUAUAUGUCUGUAUUUAUAAAGAAGAGCCACCAGGAUGUGUCCUCCUAGAUGGGAAAUUUAAUUCUAACCUUCCUAUUCUUACAGCUAAAAGCACAGACGGGGCAACCUUUGAAAUCAUGUGAUGUCGGUCAUUUUAAUUUUUGUACUGGUUUUAAAUUCUGUUGCUGUAUUUACUAUAUUGUAAAUAUUUUGUUGAGGGUACCUAUAUAUUUUUUGAUUUGCCCUUGUUUCGGUAAUUCAGGUGUCAACUGCUUCCCCUAAAAAGCACCAGUAUGUUAAGUUCUGAUGUCAUGAUCCCAAUAUGUGUUACUCAUCUUUAAUCCUGUUUUCAUUCUUCAUGUGUACAGCAGUAUUUUUAAUAAAGAAUACCAGAAACAA